AUGUCCAAGGCACACUCCGAGUCCAGUGAGGACUUUGAGUUUAUCGAGACACCAGCAGCACCUUCCCCACAGCUACCAACGGACAAUUAUGGGGUCCGAACAACAUCUUACGCUACCAUCAAGAAUGCUCCUCUACCAGCCGACGCUGCAGGCAGUGAGAGCUUCAACAAUUAUGUACUAUUCGCCGUUCUGCUCUUUGUACCGUGGUAUAUAGCUCGUCAAGUCGGUGGAGGAUUAUGGCUCACUCUUUUCUUCGCCCUUUUUACCUCAAUCCCUAUCCUUAUGGGAUUCUGGACUAUAGCCUCGACAAUCUCUCCUCGCAAAAAUGAAAAAGCCCAUUUUCCAGGACGACCGAUCGAGCACUACCUGUCCUUCCGCAAUGAAGAAGACCGUUCCAGGUAUUUUGGUAGAAACAAAAUUCCAAUGGAGACAUUUCACGAAAUGUACUUUGAUGAGAAGGUCGAUAUUAAAGGAGACUGCCUCGAGGUAAUGGAGUACCGUCACGACUGGGCAAAUUUCCGCUUCACCUUGAGCUUGUUCAAGUUCUUCUUCACGGGCAUGAUACCCGAAGUCAUUCUACACACUCGCAGUCAAGACGAGGAGCAGGUACGGGAUCACUACGACCGUGGUGACGAUUUCUACGGCUGGUUCCUCGGCCCACGUAUGAUUUACACAUCUGGCAUCAUCGGCGAUAUUCACAAAGAAGAAUCCUUGGAGGAACUGCAGGACAACAAGCUCAGCGUUGUCUGUGAGAAGAUUAACAUCAAGCCUGGCGAGACACUCUUGGACAUUGGCUGCGGCUGGGGCACCCUUGCCAAAUUUGCAUCUGUCAACUAUGGCGCUCAAGCUACUGGCGUGACUCUGGGUCGCAAUCAGACUGCCUGGGGAAACAACGGAUUACGCAAGGCAGGCAUCCCAGAGGACCAGUCUCGCAUCCUGUGCAUGGACUACCGAGACAUCCCACGUCCAGCCACAAACAAUGGCACAUUCGACAAGAUUACCUGUCUCGAAAUGGCCGAGCACGUUGGUGUUCGGCACUUCAGUUCCUUCUUGCGCCAGGUAUAUGACAUGCUCGACGAUGAUGGAGUGUUCUUCUUACAGAUCGCUGGUCUGCGUAAACCAUGGCAAUACGAAGAUCUCAUCUGGGGUCUCUUCAUGAACAAGUAUAUCUUUCCCGGAGCUGAUGCAUCUACACCUCUAGACUUUUUCGUCUCAAGUCUCGAAGGUGCCGGUUUCGAGAUCAAGGCCAUCGACACAAUCGGCGUACAUUAUUCAGCUACACUAUGGCGAUGGUACAGAAACUGGAUCGCCAAUGCCGACAAGGUAAAAGCCAAGUAUGGUACAAGAUGGUAUAGGAUCUGGGAGUAUUUCCUUGCCUACUCAACCAUUGUUUCCCGACAGGGAUCAGCCACUUGUUAUCAGAUUGUGCUUGUCAAGAACAUCAAUUCGACUCACAGAAUAGAAGGUGUUCCAAGCCAAUUCGGUCUGAGUGGUGCAUUGGCAGCUAGUAAGGCGCGGAUGCUGGCAAACAAGGCUGGACAAGGGAUGAAAAAUCUGGGAGAUGCUGUGAAAAGCGCUCUGAGAGAAUAG